AUGCAGAUCGAAGAAGAGGAGAGCGUGGGAGACAUAGACCUGUUCUCCCUGACAGAAAACUCUGAAGAUCUCACUGUUAAUCCCAAGUGGCUGCAGCACCUGCAAGAACGGCGACUCAGCGAUGAGGGCCAGCCCCGGAGAGUGAAGGAAGGAGAAGAUCCGCACAAGGUGGGGCUCGUUCUGGAAUGGGUGUACGGCUCCAUCGUUUCCACAGCUGAAAAGGCCCGGGAUGGCGCCAAGCGGGCCCUGGGCUCCUGGCAGCCCUCCAACAAGCAGGCGAAAGAAAACCUGCUGGUGGCCCUCAGGGACCAGCGCGACUGGGAGGCUCGUGCGCGCAAGGCCAAGGAGCUGCUCAAGAGCAUGCUGGAGAGCCGGAAGGCUUCUGCUGAGCUGGAGGCGGCCCACAGCAUUGUGCUGCCUGGGACUCCUGCUGGGCAGAAGGUGGCCGAUCAAACGGAGGAGCUGGAGGAUGGGGUGGUGCUGAGUGUGCUGAAGCGGGAGGAGCUGCUGACGCGGGCCAAGCUGCACGUGCUGCAGUACGAGAGGAUGAUGGGUGACUCACAGCUGCGCACGCUGAGGGCAGAGCUGAUGCAGGGGGAGCCAGAGCUUGAGCGUCUGAAGCGUGAGCUUGAGGAGGUCAAGAACACACCUCGCGGACUGGAGGGUACCUUCCGGACGUCAGCGGAGAAGGAGCGCCACAGGGCACAGCUGGCAGACUCGCUGCUGGAGGAGCAGCUUGAGGUCCAGAGUGCUUUCCGGGAGCAGGGAGCAAGGUUACAGGGCAUCUAUGACAAGCGCCAGAGGACUGAGAUCGAAAUGGCCAAAAGGGAGCAAGAGAUCAGUCAGCUGAGGAGCUGGCAGGGUAACGUGAACCGCCUAAUCUCCAAGUUCGAUGCAGCUCUUGGCACCCCCGGCACUGGUGUCGAUGCAGAGGCCUCCGCUGCCGAGGAAAUGGACAAGGCGGGGCCGGCCAAGGAUGCCACCACGACUCCGGGGCCUGCGGGUACAGUUGCCAAGGGUGGCAACGAAUCCACCCUAGGCACCUUGCGUCAGACCUUCAACAGGGACUUUCGGAAGCAGCUGUAUAGCGACGCAGACGACCGCGAGUUCUUCAAUCGGAUCAAGGCCGAGCUGAAGCAGGUCGAGCGCAGGCUGGAGGAUGGCGCCGUUGUGCUGCAGCACCUGGAGAUGUUCCUCAUCAAUGUCUCCUGCGACGACCCAGGUGCUGCGAUUGGAGGCAUCUUGGUCCUGCCUUUGCUUCAGGAGCGACUGGACAAGGAAGCAAUGAAGUUUGCAACCCACAAGGCCUCCCUCGCUGAGGAAGAAAUUCUUCAAAUGGAGAAAGAACACAACGAGAAAAACGCUGCCGAGGCUGCCAAGGCACAGAAGCGUAAGAAGAUGCUGAAAGACAAGCAGCGGAUGGCCAAGGAACGGAGGGCGGCUGACCAGCGGGCCAAGGAGGAGGCAGAAGUGGCCGAACACAAGGAGCAGAGCCAAAAGCAGCGUGAGAGGGACAUGGCCAACCUGCGCAAGAUGGAAGAGGAGGCUGCCCGCCAAAAGAUGGAAGAAGAGCGGCUGGUGGAGACAAGGCGCCAGCAACUCAUGAAAGAGGAGAAUGGGUACUGGCGGCUAAGGAUAGAGGCGGAGGCUGCCCCUGCUGAGGGUGCAGAUCGCGUACCCAGUGCCAGCGAGCCCCAGGAGGGCAGCGUGGGACCCAGCGACGAUGACAGCUUUCAGAGUGUGCGGCGGCGGGCGCAGGAGCGCCGGCAGCAGCAAGGGGGCUACCACAGGCGGGGUCCAAGCAGCGGGCUGCCGCGCUGGGGCAGCGGCUCAGACUGGCAUGAACAGAGGGAGCAGGGGGCGCACAGGCGACACAAGUCGGUGGCCGAUCUGGAGUUCAUGGGACAGAGGCGGGCACCGGCGGGCAGGGACGGGGCUUCUGAUAGACAGCAGGGACCCAGGUCAGGUGCUAGGCCAGCCUGGCAGGGUGGCAAUGCGAGGAUGAAGCGCCAGGAUUCUGGCCCUGUUGAGGGCUCCCCUCACGUGCCUCUUUCCAGCAGGACAAGGAGCCUGCCCGCAGUGGAGGGCGCUGCAGUGAGCGGGAAGGCGGCAGACACAGGUCAGGCUGCACCACUGGCACAGAGCCGAUCGGUCGUUGAUCCAAGGGCCAGCACAGGGGCUCAGCAGCCGGGUCAGCAGACGAGUGCCCGGACGGCAACUGGAACCAGUGCAGAGAACAAGUGCAGAGAAGGGAUGUCUUGCCUGCCAAGCACCACCCGCAGGCAAGCCUGGGUAAAGGGGGCAAUCCCACCAGAAGUGAUGGGGAUUACCAAGAGGAAGGAUGCCGCCUGUGUGGCCCAGGAGGACAGUGAGAGCAACAAGGCUGACAGCGUCAGCUCCCCUGACACGCCGGAUGCCACUGAAGCGGAUGCCCCCAGCGUCAGGUCCGACAGCGACAGCUCGCAGCGGGUCGAUGGCAUCUACGCAGAGCCGAACUCCCUGUCUCAGAUCGACAAGGCACCAGAGGUGGGAGGGGAUUCUCCCAGCCGGCCCCCCGCCUCGUCCCCUGCCUUCAAGGGCAGCGGCAAGCAGUUCUUUGAGAUGGUCGAGGCCGCCCUGCACGAUUCCAGCGAAGGCCAGGCUGAGGGCGCAGGGGAGGGGGAUGCCGUAGGAGAGCCUGAUGCAGACCAGGCGGGCUGUGAGGCCCCACACCAGCAGCCCAGCUCCGGCAGCCCGAUGGCCAUGUCCCCAAUGGGCCCAGUUCCCUACGGGAUGCCCAUGUGUGGCCCCAUGGGCCCAGUGCCGGGCAUGCACCCAGGGAUGUACUCCCACAUGCGCCACACGGGCCCGCCCAUCCAGCCUGUGAUGCCUAUGAUGAUGCCGCCAUACAUGCGACCGCCAGCCACUGUGCCCACAUCCAGCCCCACCUCUCCCCCCUCCAGCCCUGCCUCUGGCGCCGCCCCGGCAGCCGCCUCGCCGCGAGUCAGCAUGCCACCUCGGGGCGGCGCGGCGCCCCCCAGGCCCAACAUGCCCCCCGUGUACUUCUACCCGCCGCACAUGAUGCCCCCGGGCGGGGCCAUGAUGCCGCCCUUCAUGCCCAUGGUCCCCGGGGCCCAGUGGAUGGGGUACCCCAUGGGGCCCCUGCAGGGGCUCCCUGGCAACGACCGCAGGGUCAAGAGCUUCGCCCUCCGCCCGGAGGCCAAGGAGUUCAUCCCGCCCAGCAUGAUGGCCGCGGAGGAGGGACGCAAGUCUCCGGAGUCCGCCAGCGGCAGCAACUCCAGCGGCACGGACACGGACGGGGAGUCCAGCAGGUACGCGGCCAAGGGGGAGGGCACCGAGCCGCAGUCCGUGGCCUCGUCGCAGGGCACCGCCUCCGACGCGGACGAGACCACGUUCAUCGAGGUGAAGGGCGCCGGCAUGGGCGGCUGCAGCUCCGAACAGGAGCCGUCCGGCCACGAGUUCCCGGACGCCGCCAAGGCCGUGGGGCAGCCCAUAGAGGGGAAGGCCUGA